AUGGCACACAUUGACGACAAGAUUGAGCCAAUCGCCAUUGUUGGCUUGUCUUGUCGCUUCCCCGGAGAUGCCUCGAACCCAAACAAUCUGUGGGAUAUGAUGAGCAAUGCUCGACGAGGACACUCCAAGAUCCCGGCCGACCGAUUCAAUGCUGAUACUUGGUAUCAUCCAAGCCACGACCGACGAGGAGCAGUCAAUGUCAAAGACGGCUUCUUCCUCAAGGAAGAUGUUUCUCUCUUUGAUGCUCCAUUCUUUUCCAUCACCGCAAAAGAAGCAUCGGGCAUGGACCCCAUGCAGCGCCUUCUCCUCGAGGUCUCCUAUGAAACUUUUGAAAACGCUGGUGUCCCUAUCGACCAACUCGUAGGCAGCAAGACCUCCGUCUUUUGUGGCUGCUUCACGGGCGACUACGAUUUGCUUUCUAACCACGACAUUUUCGACCACGCACCAAAUGCCGCGACUGGCACUGGACGAGCCAUGCUCUCCAACCGCGUCUCCUGGUUCUAUGACUUGAGAGGGGCCAGUUUCACGGUCGACACGGCUUGUUCGUCCAGCUUGUAUGCUUUGCACUCCGCCUGCCAGUCCCUGCGCCUGGGGGAGUCGAAACAGGCACUGGUAACGGGGUCCAACCUUGUUCUAUACCCGAGCAUGAUGCAUUCUCUCACAAACAUGCACUUCCUCAGCCCUGAUGGUAUCUGCCACUCCUUUGAUGAUCGCGCCAACGGAUAUGCAAGAGGUGAAGCGAUCGGUGGCCUUCUCUUGAAGCCCUUGAAGCAGGCCCUGACAGACGGAGAUACUAUCCGUGCAGUUAUCCGCGGCAGCGGUGCCAACCAAGAUGGAAAGACACCGGGAAUCACGCAACCAUCACCUGAAUCUCAGGCGGAUCUCAUCCGUUUCACCUAUCAAGAGGCGGGUUUGUCAUUCAAUGACACCGGCUAUUUCGAAGCACAUGGAACCGGCACUGCUCUCGGUGACCCGAUGGAGCUCUCUGCCAUUGGCCAAACCUUUGGUCGCGCCAGAGAGGCCAGCAAGGAGCCUCUGUACGUCGGAAGCAUCAAGACCAACAUCGGUCACACCGAGGGGUGUUCCGGUCUUGCCGGCGUGAUCAAGUCGGUGCUGUGUCUGGAAAAAGGGCUCAUCCCCCCAAAUGCAGGCUUUGAGAAAAUCAAUCCUAAACUCCGUCUCGAUGACUGGAAACUUGCCCUUCCCAUGUCUACAAUGCCAUGGCCUUCUCCCGGCCUCCGCCGAAUCAGUGUCAACUCCUUCGGAUAUGGAGGUGCCAAUGCCCAUGUCAUUCUGGAUGACGCUUACCACUACAUGAAGAGUCGCGGCAUCAUGGGCAACCAUAGCACUGCCGUCGAGGACGAAACUGGCUCCGAUUCUGGUGUGAGCGUGGGCGGCGCCAGCACUCCACCAUCCCACCCCGAUGUGUCCUCCAGAUCGGGAGACAAAAAACUCUUCGUCUUCUCAGCUCAAGACCAGGCAGGUCUACCACGGAUGGCGGCUAAGUACCGUGACUCACUUGUCGACAAGGCCGACAAGGAGACGAAGGAGUCUCUUGGAGAUCAAGCAGCCUACCUCGAUGACCUGGCUUAUACUCUUGCCAGCCGCCGAACGAAAUUCGAUUAUCGCAGCUUUGCCGUUGCCGACUCAACGAGCACCCUUGCUGCCUCCUUGACCAAAGGCCUUCCCAAGCUUAAGAGAGCAUCAAAAGAUGACAACAUCAUGUUCGUCUGCACUGGUCAAGGCGCCCAGUGGCCUCAAAUGGGCCGACAGCUCCUCUCGAACCCAGUCUUCCGAGCCGCGACUGCCGAAUCGCAGAAGUACCUCGAGAGCUUUGGCUGUGAAUGGGACGUUUUCGAGGAGCUCGAGAAGGAAGGCUCGGAGAGCCGCAUCGACUCUCCAGAAUUCAGUCAACCCAUCUGCUCCGUCCUUCAGAUUUCUUUGAUUGAACUGCUACGCCACUGGGGUGUUGUUCCCAAAGCAACUGUUGGACACUCCAGCGGUGAGAUCGCCGCCGCCUACGCCGCCGGCUAUCUCAGUCAUGAGGAUGCGAUCAAGAUUGCCUACUGGCGAGGGGUCUACUCUGCCGAUGUGGGCAACCGCCUCGGUGAUCGAAAAGGAAUCAUGAUGGCUGCAGGCGUUUCCGAGGAAGAAGCCCAAGAAUAUCUGAAGCAAGUCCCUGAAGGCUCCGCGGUGGUGGCUUGCAUAAACAGCCCGUCCAGCGUGACGCUCUCGGGCGACGACUCAUCGGUGUCUGAACUGGAGCGCCUCCUUCAAGCCCAGGGCAAGUUUGCCAGAAAGCUUCGUGUCAAGACAGCAUACCACUCACCACACAUGCAAGUCAUUGCCGACGACUAUCUCAAAGCUAUGGGCGAUCUCACACCCCUGAAAGGAAAUGGAGCCGUCAUGUACUCGUCUGUCUCGGGCAAGCUGGCAGCUCCAACUGAGCUUGACGCUUCCUACUGGGUCAGAAACAUGGUGAGCGCCGUCCGAUUCAACGACGCUGUGACGGGUCUCCUGUUGCACUCGCAAAGCAAGGGACGACGAAAGACUCCCGUCAAAUGGAGUGCCGCAAUUGAGGUGGGUCCCCACGAAGCUUUGAAGGGACCUGUCAACCAAAUCAUGGCUGCAGUCGACAACAAGCUCUCUUCAACCAUCACCUACGCCGCUCCCGUCCUGCGAGGAAAAGACGCUGAGAUGACUGCAUUGGAAGCAGCUGGUCACCUAUGGGCUUCUGGCCACACCAUCGACUUGGCCAAAGUCAACGGACAGGAUAAUCAGCUGAGCAAGACGAAGGUGCUUUCUGAUCUGCCAACAUAUCCUUGGAACCAUUCUAAGGGGUUCUGGUACGAGCCUCGCAUGACCACGGCCAAACGAUUCAAGAAGGAACCUCGAACAGAUUUGUUGGGUGCACCAAUUGACAACCAGAACGAUCUCGAGCCACAUUGGCGCAACAUUCUCCGAAUCCCAGAGAAUCCUUGGAUGGCCCACCACGAAAUCACCGGCACCAUCCUGUACCCUGGUGCUGGUAUGCUCAUCAUGGCCAUCGAGGCGGCCCGCCAACUGGCUAAUCCGGAAAAGACGUUAAAGGGUAUUGAGCUUCAAGACGUUACAUUUGGCCGAGGCUUGGUCAUUCCAUCCGCAGAUGAAGCCGUCGAGACAUCCCUGAGCCUCCGGCCCUACAAGGCUUUGCCAGACUGCUACAGCUGGACCCUCUUCUCGUUGCCCCCAGGCAGCAACAGCUGGACCGAGAACUCAUCCGGCCUCGUCUCUCUUGUCUACGCUCCUAGCGAGGAAGUCGAGGAUACGGAAUGGCGGCACCACGCCGCCGUGUAUGAGGACAUCAAGAAGACCUCCACCAAAGAUGUCAAUAUUGAGACCUUCUACAAAGAUCUCCAAGCCAUUGGGAUGAACUACGGAACUUUAUUCCAAAACCUGACACAAGCCCAAGCUUCUCCCGAUACCCAUCGUGCUCACGGAACCGUCACGAUUCCCGAUACCAAAGCGAUCAUGCCUCACAACUUUGAAUAUCCUCAUUGGAUCCACCCGGCCACGUUGGAUGCCAUCUUCCAUCUACUAUUCAUUGGAUUCACAGCCGGUGAGCCCAUGAAAGAAGCCGCCGUCCCCAUCAACAUGGAGAAGAUGUACAUUUCUGCCAACACCCCUCAGGGAGCCGGUGCCAAAUAUGUGGGAUAUACGGAAGGCACGAUGAUCGACGGUCGAGAUCUGGCUGGCAAACUUGUUCUUUCGGAUGAAGAAUGGUCUGAACCCAAGGUCAUCAUCUCCAUCGCCGCAAGAGAAGUCUCUUCUCACGACAGUGGGAGCCACGCCGAUGACAACUCUGAUGAGACCAAGCGGACUGCCGUCCCUAUCUGGAAGGAGGAUCUCGAUAUCAUGUCUACCAGUGAGGCCGAGAGCUUCCUAAAGGUUAAUGGUGGCGAGAGCAAUUCACAAUUGGCUCUUCUCCUUGAUCGAGCUUGCCAUAAAGACGCUGAUUUGCGAGCACUAUUCUUUACCACGGACGUGUCUUCGGAUCUCAACGAGGCUCUUCUCAAGUUGGCCCCUCUGAAUAACCAACGACUGCGAUUCCAGCAAUGUACUGUGGUCAGUCAGAAUCAAAGCACUCUCGACACAAUGAAAGCCCAGCUCGACUCUGAUGGCUUGUCGAUUACUUACAAGACAAUCGACCUGGAUGCAGCCGUUUCUGAACAAGGAUUCUCGACGGAAUCCUAUGACUGUGCCAUCAUCGGCGCAUCAGACUUCAGAAGGACAGCCACUGCCCUCAAGCCACUCGUCGCACAAGGAGGCAAGCUGAUCAUCACCGGCGACAAGCCUGCGGAUGUUGCAGGCCGUGAAGCGUGGCACUCAGCUCUUGCUGAAGCCGGUAACUACGAUCUCGGACUGUGCAUGGAGAAUGAAAAGACGGUGCUUGUCACAGGCUUUGUUGGAUAUGCCGAAGAGUCAACGUCAGAGCUCCAGGACCUCGUCCUUCUCAGAAGAGCCGAAAUCAGCUCCGGCCUUUCCAUCCUCUUGGACAAGCUCGUGGAGAAGUUCUCCAGCAAGGGCUUCAACACACAGAUUGCCACAUUGGACGCCGCUGUGGACGUUAAGGACAAAGGCGUGCUUUCGUUCUUGGAAGCGGAGACCCCCUUGGUCAUCAACUGGACCAGUGGUGAAUUGGAACACUUCAAGCGAAUCGUCGCCUCGAAUCCCUACAUGCUCUGGGUCACCCGGGGCGGACAAGUGAUCACUCGAGACUCGAUCCCGUUCGCCGUUGCAACGGGUAUGCUGCGGACGGUGCGCACCGAAGUUCCACAAAUCACCCUGCCGCACAUCGACCUCUCUCCCGGCGCGAAUUUGGAAGCAGACACCACCAUCGACUUGGUCCUCAAGGUCUUUGACUCUACGGCUCGCGAUAGUCCCAAGACUCCCGAAAUGGAGUAUGCCGAGACUGACGGCAAGGUCAUGAUCUGCAGAGUCAUUGAAGACAAGAGCAUGGAUCGCGAGCUGGAGCUCUACUCUGUGAACGUCAGACCGGUGAUGGCUCCUCUACACCAAACCAACAGACCCUUGAAGCUGGCUUACGACGGUCAAUCUGGAGCGGCCAACAUUCGUUGGCUCGACGACGAAGAGCCUGCAGCAGAACUUGCGCCAUCUGGCGUGGAGAUUCAAGUCUCUGCCAUCUCCCUGACGGAGAACGAUCUCCCCUCGAUCUCCAAGGGCUCUGUUGGUCGCGACGCCGCCGGGACCGUCACUCGCGUGGGAUCCGACGUUUCCGAAUUUAAGCCCGGCCAACAAGUCGCCGUCAUCGGGUCAGGAACAUGCAAGACUCACCUGUCUCAGGACAAGUCUCUGGUCCGCGCGAUUCCAGCCGGCCUGUCUCCCGAGACAGUAGUGGGCCUGCCCAUCAUCUACGCCGCGGCCUAUCACGCUUUAUUCAAUCUCGCACACAUCAGCAGCUUGGACAAGGUCUUGAUCGAAUCCGCACACACGGCGUUGGGCCAGGCAGCCGUGCAACUCGCCAAGUCAACCGGAGCCGACGUCGUUGCGGCGGGCGACAUUGCUUCCCGGUCAACACUCGUGAGUUACGGUGUGCCAGAAGACCAUAUCUUCGAUGAGAGCAAGGAAUGGCAACCUCAAUUGGCCCGCUGGGUGGGUGGCUUUGACAUUGUCUUCAGCUCUGCUUCAGGGAAGACUCUGAGAAGCCUGUGCUCGCUGGUCAAUGACUUUGGUCGCUUCGUCAAUAUGAACUCCGACGCCGACGUGGACCAGCUCCACGCGACCAUCUUCAAGCGCAACAUAAGCUAUGCCAACGUCGACUUCGACCACCUGGUCAACGCCAGGGGCUCGCUGAUGAGCAGCCUCGUGACCAAAGUCUUCGACAAGCUCGAGGCCAAGGAAAUUGGUUCACUUCCUCGGGCUUUCCAAUCCGCUUCGGAGCUGAAGGAUGCUGUCGAGUCCCUCGAGUCAAAGCAAACUCGAGGCAUCAUCACGCUCAACUUCGGAGAAGACGCAAUGGUGCCAACGACUCCUGAGAAGCCGGCUCCGCUCCAACUCGACCCCACGGCAACAUACAUCCUCUCCGGCGGUCUGGGUGGAUUGGGAGCCAACAUUGCCGAGACCAUGUUCCAGGGCGGGGCACGACACUUGGUAUUCCUCUCUCGUUCCGGCGCCACCACUCCAGCGCAGAAAGCUCUUCUCGCUGGCUUCGAGGCUCGUGGAUGCAAGGUUGACGCACCCCAGUGCGACAUCAGUGAUGCCAGCCAACUGGCCCAGAUCCGCGCCACGGCCGCCGAAAAGGGUUGGCGCAUCAAGGGCGUGAUGCAAUUGGCCAUGGUGUUGAGAGACUCCGUUCUCGAGAACAUGACGUACGACAAAUGGGUUGGCGCCACUCAAUGCAAGAUCCCCGGAACCUGGAACCUGCACACAUACAUGCCCGAGGACCUGGACUUCUUCAUCGCCCUGUCCUCCGUCGUCUCGGUGAUUGGAAACACCGGCCAAGCCAACUACGCCGCGGGCAACUCAUACAUCGAUGCACUGUGCAAUUAUCGCCGAAGUCAAGGAUUGGCCGGCACCAGCUUGAACAUCGGCCUGGUCAACGACGCGACCCACUUCACGGCCGAUUUCACAGUCGAAGAUUUCCUCGCCCUCUAUGGACACUUGGUGCCCGUGCAGGUGGCAGACCGAGAAGUCAACAUUGCCAUUGAGGCGGCGAUGCGCGGUCACACUGCCGACGGUGUUACGGUGCCCCCACAAGUGGUUGUCGGCAUCCGCGCGGACCUCGAUCGCGAAGGGAGCGUGACGAGCUUGUGGCCGAAGGAUCGCAAGUUCGAUCACCGUGCCUCGACCAGCACGGACAGUACCAGCGGUGACGGCAAAGUGAAGCUGAAGACCGUCUUGUCCGGAGCGACGAGCGUGUCUGAAGCCACCGAUGCCGUCGAAGACGCACUCAAGUCCAACGUGGCCAAUUCCAUGGGUUCGCUGCCGGAAGACGUCGACGCGGACAAGCCACUGCACUCCUUUGGCAUUGAUAGUUUGAAGGCGGUCGAAGUCCGCAAUUGGUUGUUCCGAGAGGUCAAGGCUGAUGUCUCGGUGUUUGAGAUUUUGUCUCCCAUGCCACUCAAGAAGCUCGCCAUCAUGAUCGUCAGCAAGAGCAAGUUUGUCAAUGAGGAUGUGGCCAAGGGUGCCAGCGAGGAGCUGCGAGAAUAG